AUUGUGUGUGAAGUGAACAAGUAAUUCAGUUUCCUGCCCCAAGCCGUUUGUGUUUGAGCAGAUGCUGUUACGGAAGAAGAUUAGAAGGAAGAAGACGAUGAAGAUGACACUGAAAGUAGUGUCUCUGAUUAUGAGGAGGAGGAAUCGAGUGGUGGCGGUGGAGAUGGCGAUGAUGAUAGUUGUGGAGGAAGUCAAUCUGGUGCGAGCAUCAGACCUGGAGUUGAUCUUGAUAUAGGAAAUACAUUACGUCGAAUUUUGGAAAUAGACAGUGAAUUAAUUAACCAAAAAAAUAAGACAAUGGAUUUAUGGAACGCUUUGGAGCAAAGUGGAGUCGUAGUUUCAAAUAGGCUGAAAUUAAUACUGGAGGCCACAAAUUAUGACAAUCUAUCAGUGCUAAAAGCUUUUAAAAAAAAAACCAACGGAGUAUUGAGGAGUUUAUGAGGACAACGCUACAUGAGCUCAUUGAUGAUAAUGAUAGAGAGAUUUAUUAUGGGGCGUACAAAAAUAAUCCGGAGCGGUUUACGAUCUCACAUGGACUGAAGAUAAACCUGGAUCAGGUUGUAAAUGCUGCGAAACGGAUAAACAUCAGACAUGAUCCCAUUUCUGGAAGCACGUUUUUAUCAUCAACGCAGUACCCCCAUAGUAGUUCAUCCUUUGCAGCAUCCACGCCAAACGCCAAUGCUGCGUCGGAACCUUCAACGUCAUCGACACAGCCAGCGUGCUCAUAUUCUUCAUCAAGAGCAGAUGGCACAGGAAAUGAACCACCUUCGUCUAUGGCCAGGUUGAAAAAUAGUCUAGAAAACAACAUCAGUAAUUAUAUGCAACGUAAAUAUAGACAUAAAUUUUCAAAGAUUUCGGCCAACAUAACAUUAGACGAAGGUGGCAAUUAUUCUGCUGCCGUGAAAUGCCCUGUUGUUGGUUGUCAGGAAGUAAAAACGAUUCAAAUGAGUGAUAUGCGCUGGAUGACAUCGAAUUUUUACACUCAUUUGAAAAAGCAUAAUCUCAUACGUAACCAGAGGUCAGUAUUGACGUUGGCGACCUUGGUCGAAGAGGAGGAGGGGACAACAGUGAAGAUGACUAAACCGUCAGGAGCACAUUCCGGCACAACAUGAAUGAAUGAAUGAAGAAUUAAUUAAUUAAUUCAUGUGAGAAUGAAUGUGAGCGCCAUUGCAGCAGCAUCUCACAAGGAUUAAA